ACCACAGACUUACAGCUGAUAAAACUCAAAUAACUGGUUUCAUCACUUGAUCAUUCUAGCAGCUGACCCUCAGAGUUCCCCAUAAGUCUGGUAUCAUGAGAGAGAACUGCGCACUUCUAGUUUCUCUUAUUUUGCAAGUGUGUUCCGGUCAACAACAGGAAUUUAAUUUCCCUGACAAUAUCCAGGCAUUACUUGGCUCUUGUGUCGAGAUCCCUUGCUCCAGGACAUCGUCUCCUACAGAAGCCCAGAAUAUCAAAGUGGUCUGGCAUGUGAAACCAGCUCCACUGGGAGAGAGGAUCAUUUAUAGUACCGAUGUGUCACAGAUAUCCCCAAAUUACAGAAAACGUGCUGAACUCGUUAGACGCACAACAGUGAAAUUGUACCCUUCGAAUUCACAAUGUGGAAAGGCAGGACCAACGCUCUUAUUAUCCCCAAGAAAGGAAAUUAUCCUUUCUUAAAUCUGUUUCUAAGUAUGUUCAACUAGAAGUCACAGAACGCCCACCAGAUCCAAUAUUAAACAUCCCCGGAGAAAUGACCCUUGGUGAAACUACAACGAUCACGUGUAUGGCAAAUCAUACCUGUGCUUCCAGCCCACCUACCUUCAACUGGAACCUCAUUGGUCCUUAUGCCACAGAAAAUUCCGACCUUGGAGAUGGGAAGUGGAAAGCUACAUCUAAACUGACCUACACACCUUCUGAAGCAGAAAAAGAUUUAAUUAUUGUGUGCACAGUGACUUAUUUUGGAGGGAAAAUAGUAAUAGCUUUGGACAAAAUUACGAUUCAAGCAGGCCAAAAUGUAGCAGACCAGAAAGCAGACGAGACAGCAAAUCAGUAUAUUGGACCAGUUAUUGGAGUCAUUUGUGUAAUUAUACUUUUGGCAAUAGUUUUCGUCCUUUGGAGGAAACGCAAGUCUUUGCUCCCGAGAAAGAAAACAGAGAACAGUGGAAAAGUAAACCCGUUGCAAAAUACAUUAUCUAAAAAUAAAUACACAGAUCUACUAGACAGACAGAUGCAGUCCUACUACACAUUAGAGCCAACAGCUCUAAGCCACAUGCCUAGACCAGGACGACCUAUGUUGCAGACAAGUCAAAAUGAACCAAUAUAUGAAGACAUGACUUUAAAACAAGUGAAAUAACUGGGGAGAUGAAGAGGAGCGAUGGACAAAAAGUUAUCUGGAAUCAGACAAUGUCUCCACUCAUAUACCAAACUGUAUUUUAUCUCCAGCUUUUAAAACAUUUUCAAUUAAAAUUCUCAUCUAAUUAAAAUGUAAAAAAUGAAUUACAGUUUAGGGCAAUGAGCCCAAGAACAUCACCAGAUGGAGGUCAAAAGAGUUUCCAGUAUAUGUCCACAUAACUUUUUUAUAGUAUGAAAUAGCAAGGUGGGCACAGUCCCAUUAUAUCUUUUAUGGAAAUAAAGGUUUACAAUGCUAAGUUUAAA